AUGCCAACAGCGCGGCUAGAUAAAGCGAUCUGCGCCUUGGCCCGAUACGGUGCGAGGGCUGCGUGGGGAAAACACAGGAGCUCGGCGGCGGUGGCAGUCAGCGACGCCAGGCAGGGCGGCCAAAUUAAUAAAUUUAGCUGUCUGGUUUACUUCUUUUCCACCGCCACAAUGGCAAUUGCUCCUAGAUACGCCAAGUCUCACGUCUACAACGGCCCUGCUGGCCUCUCCAGCGGCCUCAAGCACACCGUCCAGCUGUACCUGGACUACAAUUGUCCCUUCUCGGGCAAGCUGUUCCGCAAGAUCACCGCCGAGGUGGUUCCGUUGCUGGAGAAAAAAAGUCUCCUGGACAAGUUCAGCUUUGUCUUCAUGAACGUCAUCCAGCCAUGGCACUACGUUGGCUCCGGCGCGUACCACGAGGUUGCUCUUGCCGUCGCCAAGGUGUAUCCGGACCAGUUCUGGAAGUUCUCCGGCGUGCUCUGGGACAACAUCAUGACCGACUCUCUUUCGUACGACAAGACCAAGAAGCAGGUUCUCGCCACCGCGAUCGACCUCGCCGCACAGCACCUCGACAACGUCGACACGGAAAAGCUGUGGGAGCAGGUUGCUGUCCCGGAGGGCGGCCAGAACCAGCUGCAGAAGGACAUCAAGUAUUUCACCAGAUACCACCGCACGGUGGGCGUGCACGUGACGCCGACCGUUUUUGUCGACGGCAUUGUUGUGGGCAGCAUCGAGAGCUCGACGGAGCCGGAGAAAAUCGUGGAAAUUCUGCAGAGCCUGCUGGACUGA